AUGCUGUAAUCACUCAGUUAGAAACUGGUCAGACUCCACCUUCCAGUCUUAGAACAGAACUACCCGAGCUACCUCUGCUACUGCGUGAACUCAAUCGUUUUGAACUUCAAAACGGAGUUCUCUAUCGCAGACGACAAAAUGGUCCAGAUAUCUCCUUUCAACUUGUGUUACCUGAGGAGCUGAGACCCAUGGUUUUCCAACACCUCCAUAACAACAUGGGGCACCUGGGAGUUGACCGUACUAUCGAUUUAGUCCGGACCAGGUUUUAUUGGCCAAAGAUGCAGGUAUCAGUUGAGAAAAUGAUCAGUACAUGUGAGCGUUGUGUCCGCCGGAAGUGUAGACCUGAAAGGGCAGCCCCUCUUGUGAACAUUCAGGCAAGUAGGCCCCUUGAGUUAGUCUGUAUGGAUUAUCUAUCUAUUGAACCAGACCAGUCUAACACAAAAGAUGUACUAGUUAUUACUGAUCACUUCACUAAGUUUGCAGUGGCUGUCCCUACACCAAACCAGCGCGCCCGUACUGUUGCAAAAGCUCUCUGGGAGAACUUUAUUGUUCAUUAUGGUGUCCCAGACAAACUCUUAAGUGAUCAAGGCCCAGAUUUUGAAUCAAAGACAAUAAGUGAACUAUGCGGGAUCACUGGCAUGAAAAAGAUACGCACAACACCGUAUCACCCCAGAGCCAAUCCUGUUGAAAGGUUCAAUAGGACACUUCUCCAAAUGCUUGGUACUCUAAGUGACAAUGAAAAGUUGCAUUGGAAAGAGUAUGUAAAACCUCUAGUACAUGCAUAUAACUGUACCAAGAAUGACGUGACAGGCUAUUCACCAUAUGAACUCAUGUUUGGAAGGCAGCCAAAGCUUCCCAUUGACCUAGUAUUUGGCUUGCCUGUUAAUGCUCAGAAGAAGUCACACUCACAAUAUGUCAGUGAUCUGAAGCAUAGAUUGGAGGAAAGUUUUAAGAUUGCAACCUCAAACGCACAAAAGAACGCUGAGCAUAAUAAAACACGCUUCGACAAACAAGUGGUUGACUCAACUCUCGAAGUGGGUGACAGAGUCCUCGUUCGUAAUGUCAGACUGAGAGGAAAGCAUAAGCUGGCAAACAGAUGGGAGAAUGAUGUUCAUGUGGUCCUGAAGAAAGCAGGUGAACUACCGGUCUAUACAGUUAAACCGGAAGGGAAAGAGAGACCAGUCCGAACACUACACCGAGACUUGCUUCUCCCUUGCAAUUUUGUACCCACCGCAGAUCUAACAGAAAGGAGUUCCCAGAAGCCGCAGACUAAGCGCAAGACAAGGCAAACUGUUGUCGAGGAGGAUGAGAGUGACUAUGAAUCAGAGUCAGAGUACUCACCGAUACCUACCUGGAUACCCGUGUCCUCUUUUCCUUCUGCCAAACCACCUGAAAUGUCGCCAACUCUUGUUGUACCCACCGAACAUGUCAACUUAACUGAACGAUUCCCUAACACCGAAUGUGACAAUCCUACCGAAUGUGACAAUCCUACCGAAUGUGACAAUCCUACCGAAUGUGACAAUCCAACAGACAGAGACAAACAAACGGAGAAGAUCAAGGAAUGUGAAAACUCACCUGAUGGUGCAAGCUUACCUGAACCUGGAUCUGUGGAAAAUGAUAUUCAAGUUGAGGAUCCUAUGGAGGAAAACCAGCAGACUAGUGAACAAGUUCUGCCAAAUGGAAAUGUGACACUGUCAGAGUGUCUCAGUGAACAGGAAACAGUUAUUGUUGAGCAACCUAGUUCAUCUGGUUCAUCACUUAGCUCUCAAGAAACUCAAGACGUCCCUCGUCGAUCUCAAAGGUCACAUCAGAGACCAGAAAGGUUGCAGUAUUCAACAUUAGGUAACCCCUUACUGCAUGUUGUUAAUGCAGUGUUUAAUAGCCUAAAUGAAGCUAUUGCAAACUCUAUGCAACAGCUUAACCAUUCGAAUGCACAGGGACGUGCAUACCAUCAAAGUGGGGAGGGUGUAACCCACAUUUAAAUAGGGCUUUAAUAAAAAAUGCCCUUGACCCUCAUAAACACUAAAAAUGCUUUUGGUUUAACAGUUAUGUUUUAUUUAUGGUUGAUUAUUGUUAUAAUCAGUAGCUGAAAGAAAAAAAACACAUGCAUCGCUUUAGCCAAUGGGCUGCUGCCUAGUGGCGCAUUGCCCCGCCCACCACUUCCUUCGCGGGGGGCGGGCUUUCCUCUGUCUUUCCGGCUGCGACUCCGAUGCUGAGCGAGCUGUUAAGGAAAAGGGAGAUGGAGAUUCAUUGAAAAAAGAGCACAAAAAGCGAUAUAUAAGAGUCAGAGGUCGGAGGCGGCGCCAUUUUGUGUUGCGCUGUCCUCUCGUGAGAUCGGUCAGGUUUUUUUUUCUUGCUUUGUUUUGUUUGUGAUGUGAUGGCGAGCCAAUCCCACAGACGAGCCAGACAACUUCUUCCCGUGCUGCCCUGCACAGUGCGGUAGGCCAGCUGCGACAAGGAUCUCUGCCACACCAUUCUGCACCUGCUGUCCUCUUUCACACACACACACAUACACUGACGUUCCCCUGGACUUUUAGACGCUUUAAGGACUUCUACGGACUCAGCACACUCCCACAGGCAGGAGGCGGACCUGGUAUGGACAGAUUGGAAACACCCCUCCAAAAUAAGGUUCUGUUGCAUACAGCUGGUGAGAUCGAAGCAGUGUGAAAUUUGUUAUUGGAAUGGUUUUGUUUUGAACUAAAGCCUAAGUUGUGAAUUUAGAAGGGUGCACCCGGGAAAAUUUUGAAAGUGACUGUGAUUGUAAAAUAAGAUUACUGGUACC